CUUGUUUAAGUAGGAUUUGGGUAGAUGUUUAGCUGUUCUUGUUCAAGUAGGAUUGCGGGAGGCUUGUCUGGUAUGACCCGAGAAAUCAGAAUGGUGCUGCUAAGGAGAUUACCCCCCCCCCCCAUGGAUUGAAGCAGGGGAUUACAAGUGCCUUUGUUUGCUGUGGCAGCCUGGUUUCACCCGAUUGCAAAUUUCUGCCCGACCAAGUGGAAUUCGACAAGAAACAGCAGAAACCAAGUCUCGAAAGAGAAGAAGAGGUAGGUUAGGUUGCUGGUCUUUUCUCCUCCUGCAAUAUGUUUGUUUGUGUUGUUCAAUACACAUUUACCCUGUCGAUACAGUCAUUCACUAGCUGCUGUGUUAUUUUGGUCUGCAGGGAUGAUGUCUCGCCGACUGAGUUUUAGCUGGUAGAAGGAUGCAACAGAGUGCGGAUGAUGGAGGAGAGUGGUUGUGCUUUAGCUAGUUUGCUUCCUAGUCUCCAUUUGGAAGCUCUUUUGGCCAUUUUAGACUUUUAGUUGUGCGUUCUGUCUAUUUUUGGCACUUUUGGAAGCUCCAAAUAACAUCAGAGGGAUUUGCACUAACUACUGUUGCAAGUUAUGUAAUGAAUGUUGUUUCUGUUAUCUCUACUUCGUUGUUGAUUGUGAAUGGAAGGCAGUAAGUGAGUGGCUGUUUUUAGCUAGUCAGCUUCGAUUCGAUCGCAAACUUCGACCAUAGACGUUGAAUUCUAUGGUCGAAUCGAAGUUGCAGACGAACAGAGACAUCAACGGGAACCAACGGCAGAUGGCUUCACGGCGGCGGUGAACUUGGCGCCUGGCGGGAGUCGACUAUCACUACGUUUCUAUAAUUGAUUAAUUAAUAAAAAGAACGUGAAUAACGCAAUCUCUCUCAUUAUUUUAAAUUAACACGUGGCGAGAUUUGAUUUGUUUGGAGAACCAUAUGAAAGCAGUCCUAGCUGGUCAGCUGGUCAGCGCCCAUCCAUUCCAGAGUUUUUCUUCACGUCUCGUCUCCGUCAAGAAACUCUAAAUUUUCACAUUUUCCUCCUUUUUCCCGGCAGAUUGUCAGCAACCAAAAGGAAAAAUGUCAGACUACCUCCCCUUCGAUCUCAUAACCAACAUUCUCCUCCGGCUGCCGGUGGCCGCGAUUCUGCGUUGCCGCGGCGUCUGCAAACCCUGGCUGUCUCUGAUCGACAGCCCAAGGUUCGCGAAGCUUCAAAUGGACUACUCCGCCGCCACCACCAAAAACGCCGCCCUCUUCGUCCUCGAAGACGACGGGUGCGAGAACGGCGACCUACACUUCGCGCCUUACAUCGACGGCAUCCGCCGCGAAACCUGUCUCGACUUCCGUAGCAACCCGUCUUCUUCGGCCCAAGUUAGCGUCAAAAUUCCACGGGAGUGCGUAACCCUAUUCGGCUGCUGCAACGGGCUUCUCUGCUUCGGCCUCGACUUCGAGAACGCCAUCAUUACGAAUCCGGCGACGCGGAGGUCUCAUGUCACGCCUCCCUUGACGAAUCUGCUGAGUUUCGGAAGCAAAGGGGACUGCAUUUAUCGCUACGGCUGCGGAUUCGGGUACGAUUCCGUGUCUGGGGACUACAAGGUCGUCAAGGUAAACCAAGUGCUCGAAUCUGCAGAAAUUGAAUUUAGUUUCCAUUCAGAACUGGUUAGUUAUGGGGUUAGGUCCAAUUCCAGUGCGUCAAUGACAUUCCCUUAUUACCUAGCUUCUGCUGAGAAACUGGGCGUGUUCGUGGGUGGGGCGAUUCAUUGGCUAGUUCACAAGGAACCCUAUGUACGCAACGUGAUUGUUGGUUUCGAUUUAGGGCGUAGCGAAUGCAGGGAAGUCCCACAGCCAGAGUAUAGACAUGGGGAAUCCUUGAGCGUGAGAAUUGGCGAGCUGGGGAAGUGUCUGUGCAUCUUUGCGAACUAUGGGGACAAUGGGGUCGAUGUCUGGAUGAUGAAAGAGUAUGGUGUCAGGGAGUCGUGGAGUGUGAUGCUAUCUGUUCCACAUCCCGGGUUGUGCUACGAUGAUGGGAUUCGAUCACUCGGAUUCUCCACGACCGGGCAGGAGAUUCUUCUCCAGUUGGAUUGCAAGAGGCUUGUGUGGUAUGACCUGAAGAAGAACCCUGGGAAGGAUGCUGCUGAGGAGAUCACCAUCCAUGGGUUGGAGAAGAAGUUCAUGGAAGCCAUUGUUUGCUUUGGAAGCCUGGUCUCGCCCGAUGGCAAGUUCCCAUCCGAUGAACUGGAAGUGGACAAGCAGCAACAGAAACCAAGGCUGCUGCAGAAGAAGAAGAAGAAGAAGAAGAAGAGGGAUGAUUUCUUGUCUACUGGGUUUAAGCUGAAGCUGUAGUCCUCUAACAGACAUGGUAGGCUAUGAAUUUUGACAGGUGCAUAGUAGAUGAUAGAUAGAGUUAGUGUAGAAGAAGAAGAAAAUGAAGUUGCAGAGUAAUGGAGCAGUGAUGGUGGGUAGUAGCAAGUGGCUGGCCGUUUUCAGUUUGUUUCCCAGAUUGCACUAAGUAGGGCAAGUAGUUAUUACUAUACGAAUGUAACUGAGUGAUUAACGUUUCUCUUCAUUCGUAGAAGCAUAGUGGUCAGAUUUGAUGAUGCCAGAACAAGUAUAUUACACGCAAUGUUUUUCUAGUGGGAAUUUUGUUCAUUCAUUAGAAGUUACGACUUACUUGAGACAUAUCAUAAGCUUAGUAACGUAAAGUGUAGAUUAGUCUCAACUCUCAAAGCUUGAAUAAUGAACUUUCAUGGGC